AUGUCCCAGCCAGUGGUGGAGAUGACUCGAGUGGAGAUGUUCUCCGCGUGCCACAGACUUCAUUCAAAGGAACUGAGCGACGCAGAAAAUCGAGAGAUCUACGGAAAGUGCAACCACAUCAACGGCCAUGGACACAACUACGUAUGGAGGGUAGGUCUGAAGUGAAUCUAGCUCAGUCUUAGCGAGAAAAAAGGUGGGAAAACAAAAAAUGAAGAAAAAAUAGGUGACUUUACGCGGACCGACGGAUUCCAUCACGGGAAUGGUUUACGAUUUGGCAGCGCUCAAGAAGGAGAUGGCUUCAGUUUUGGAAAACGUUGACCACAGAAAUCUCGACGCCGACGUCGACUGGUUUCAAGUAGGGAUCCGUGUUCUUUUCUUCAGAGAAGUUAAAUUUUCAUGAAUAAAAACUUUUUUCACUAAAAUAUCAUUUCUCUCUUAUAUGAUCACGGUUAUUUUCGUACCUCUGAACCUUUGAAAAAAAAGUUCUUUAUUCAAAUUGAAGAGCCAUUUUUUUCAGAAAAGGCCGAGCACAUCUGAAAAUGUGGCAAUCUAUCUGUGGGAUUCAUUGAGAGCAGUCAUGGCCGUUCCCGAGGCUCUUCACAGAGUCACACUUGAAGAAACACCGAAAAACAUCUUCAGCUACAGCGGCCAAUACGCCUGA